GUAAGUGCUCCUCGAGCCUCGAGGCGACAGGAAAGGAAGAGAAGAGAAGAGAAGAGAGAGAGAUUCAGUCGGAAAUGGCGGAUUACCACUUUGUGUACAAGGACGUGGAAGGAGCUUCUACUCAGUGGGAUGACAUUCAGAGGAAACUUGGAAACCUCCCUCCCAAGCCGCCUCCUUUCAAGCCACCGCCUUUCACCCCCGCUGAAGAUGAAGACUCCUCUAAGCCCAAGGACAAGGCAUGGAUCGAUAAGAAAUCCGCCGAAGAGCUCGAAGAUAUUGAAGAUGAUCUUGACGAAGACCCCUUCCUUGAAGAGUACAGGAAGAAGAGGUUGGCAGAGAUGCAAGCAGCAGCCAAGGUUGCAAAGUUUGGAUGGGUGAUUCCCAUUUCUGGAUCAGAUUUUGUACGUGAGGUAUCACAAGCUCCGCCAGAUGUUUGGGUGGUUGUUCUUUUAUACAAGGAUGGAUAUGCAGAUUGCAGGGUGCUGUUGCAGUGCUUAGAAGAAUUGGCUACUAAAUAUCCAGCAACAAAGUUUGUCAAGAUUAUAUCUACUGAUUGUAUCCAUAACUAUCCAGAUCGCAAUCUUCCUACUCUAUUGGUUUACAACAACAGCGCUGUCAAGGCAAAUUUUGUUGGGAUUCAUAGUUUUGGUCGGAGAUGCACACCUGAAAGUGUUGCCCUGCUUCUCUGCCAAUCUGAUCCAGUACUCAAUGAUGGCCAUGGUGAAAAGCAGUCGAGAGAAGCUGUUCUUGAUGGAGUUCGGAAGAGGUUUCUUGAGAAGGUUGUUGCAGACCAUGAAAAUGAUGAUGGUUCUGACAGUGAGUGAUUAGCUAGCUGAUUUGGUUUUCCCCUUUCUUUUAGUGUGAUGAUUUUGGAGGGUGCCUUUCAACUUUCAACUCAACAUAAAAGCGUCUCUAUAUAUUGUGGGAAUAUAGACACGACAAAGCUUCUUGCUUGGUUUUCGCAUUGUAUCAACUCCGAACUAACAUGUUUUCUUUCAUUCCUGAAUGGAAGGCAAGGCACUUAUAUCAAA